GCCGUCGUUAGCGUAACUAUGGAUCCAUCUCUCUCUCCCGCACACACACACCGACGUUUGAUAUCAACGUCGGUAAUGACAGUUGAACUCGCAUGUCAGUAUCGUCUUCACUCAAUCGGAACAGCUACCCGUGGGCCGAUACAUGCUAACAAUAGCAGUGUUCGACGAUCCCCCGUACAGACAAAUAAUGAAACUUGUGCAAGUGCAUUCGGCUCUUUUCAAGUUACUAUUGUGCCUCCUCCAGAAGGUAUUAACCCUUCGGAAGAAGAAACAGUAGCUGUUAUCCAUGAGUGGACACUGAGUCAUGGAUUUAAUGUAGCAAGAAAGCAAUUGGAGCGAAAUUUGGAAGGUGGCAUUGUUUACAGACUUUUUGCCUGCGAUCAGCGACACAGAAAAACACUCGGAAACUUCGUGAAGAAGAUCGGCAGCUACCAGAUCGAUGAUCAAUGCGUACUGGCUGUUCAAUGCGAAUUAAAAUCUCUCCUGUUGAUAUUAGGAAUUCAAGGGACCGUGGCGGAUCAAAUAUACAAGGGACGGUAG